CCCCUCUUGUUAUGCAAAUUCAAUUUCAUUUAACAGACGCUGACGCACAAUAACACUACCAUUCAGUAGCGCAGAGACACAAACCCAAGCAGAGAAAAUUUAAUCUAGAACUCAUAUUUUUUCACGCUCUCGUUACCCAUAACUGCAGCGUCACACAGUUGGUCGGGAUAGAUCAACGGGAGGUAUUUCCUUUCACUUGAGAAAGAAAAGCGGACAGCACACGGACAGACAGAGACACCGGCGCGCUUGCUUCUUACGUGACGGCGACCGGCUUCAGUUAUUCGAACCCUCAUUUAUCUCGCUUAUGGGCGCAACACAGACCGAGCCAACCCUGAAGUUGGGUAAGCUGGAAAUGGCACGCCAGAGGCUGCUACAGCGUUAUGAGCACCAGCCCUUUGUCUCCUGUCUAGCUGGACUCUACGGCUGCCAGUGGAGGCGUUACCAGCUCACACAUGCUCAGCCUGGACACUGCUGCUGCUCUAAGCUGGAGUGUGGCAGUUUUGCUCUGAUCGUUCUGACAUUUUGUCUCAGUCUGGUGUUCCUGUACUUCUGGAGUGAAGCACAGAAUGACUACAAUGACUUUGACUGGUUUAAUUUUGGUAAUCUGGGCUUCUGGUUUCCAUGGUCCAUAGUUUUGUUGAUUCUUGCUGUUUUUUUGUUCACUUAUGUUGCUGUUCUGCUGCUGCUGGCAGUUUGUCUUCUCUCAGAAGGCCAGAGAUUAUAUUUACACUGGUGUCACAAGAUCGGGAUCUUAGUGACUUUGAUUCUCUCCAUUGUGGCCUCAUCUGUUCUCACAGAUUUAUGGAGCAAGGAGUGGAUGACUGUACUUUUAUCUUUUCAGGUAACUGCUCCAUAUCUACACAUAGGUGGUGUAGUUUUAAUGACUCUAUUAUCUUGGCCAAUAGCCUUGCAUGUCUUCCGUAUCAAUAUGAGAGUGAGAGGGAUGGCCAUCAUUGUGCUGUACAUAACUGUUCUAGUGACUCUGUUCUUGGUUCCUCUGGGCAUGUAUUCCCCCUGCAUUAAAGAGAGGAGCAGUCUGGGAUCAGCUCCUGCUUUAAUUGGACACAGGGGAGCACCAAUGCUUGCCCCUGAAAACACCUUCAUGUCUUUUGAGAAGGCAUUGGCUGCUGGAGCUGAUGGUCUGGAGACCGAUGUAACUAUCAGUUAUGAUGGAGUUCCUUUCCUCAUGCACGAUAAGAACCUACGCAGGACAACUAAUGUAAAAGACGUGUUCCCAAACUGGACACACACCUCACCUGCCAUGUUUACGUGGAGAGAACUGCAGAGUCUCAAUGCUGGAUCCUGGUUCUUCUCUCAAGACCCCUUUGGAACAGCUUCAUCUCUGAGCCCAGAUGAGCAAUUGCAAGCUCAGAAUCAGUCUGUAUGCACACUGAGGGACUUCCUGGAUCUGGCUGCUCAACAUGGGAAACUAGUGAUCUUUGAUCUGUAUCGGCCGCCCAGGGGUCACCCUUAUAGAGAUGCCUGGAUAUCCCGCACCCUAGACGUCAUCCAAAACGACUCAUCCAUUCACUCCAGUCAGGUAUUGUGGUUGCCUCCAGAGCUCAGAGAGUUUGUACAAGAAAUCGACCCAGAGUUACAGCAGACAACAGCUGAACUAGCACCAGUGGAGGAACUUCAGCUCAGACACAUAUCCAGACUCAACAUCCAUUACAGCUCCAUGUCAGAGAAAGAAAUCAGAAAAUACGCUGCUGCUAACAUCAGCACCAACCUGUAUGUGAUCAGCGAGCCGUGGCUGUAUUCUCUUGCCUGGUGCGCAGGGGCUCAUUCUGCUGCCACUAAUGCUGUUCACAUCCUCAAGAACCUGCAAAGACCGCUCUUUCUCAUGGUAAAUGACACACAUCUACAGUUCUCAGGGAUUUGUCCAUCCUGUUUUUUUCCUGUGGUUUUCCUCUGUCUCUCACAGACACCGGAUGAGUACAGGUUUAUGUGGACUCUUACUGACAUCACUUCCCUUAUUCUUGUCGUGAUUAUCUUUGUGUUUCACUGGUGGAGGGAGCGUGGGUUGGCUCUCAGUGUGGACAGCAGUUCAGUAAUUGAGAGUGGGUCCUACAGACAGUUCAGGACAGAGAUGAAUGAUGUGUGGUCUUUAUCCAACAUGAGUGCCUCUGACAAGCAAGAACCAUCUCUUUGAAGUGCCUGAUGAAGUGUUCUGGUUCAUAUUUAACCCCUUAUAUAAAAAAAUAAAACUGUAACUGAUGUUCAGUUAAGCCAGUAUAAACCACUGUUUAUGUGGUACAUUGAAAUCACCCUUACAGUUUAUAAAUUGUAAGUGUUUGAUCACUAAAUGACAGACAAGCAGGCUGUCUUCAUGUGAUAUGAUGGGAUACAUACAGUUAACAAAUGCUUAGUUCUAGUGACUAAUCUUGCACCUCAUUUGAAUUAUGGCCUUUUGCAAGCCCCAGGUUUUAUCAAUGCUACUGUAAAGGUUUCCAUUUCAAGCAUGAAUGGAAAUAUUUGUCAUGUCGAUGAAACUGAUGUUUCCUUCACUGAAAUAUUGGUGGAUCCAUUGGUUUUGUUUAAUCUCAAGUGGUAUUUAAAAUACAUGUCAUGGUUUUGGCUGAAUCAUUACUCCUAGACAAUAGUGUAAGAAUCCAAGAGGUCAUAAAUCAUUUUUAUGCUAACAUUUGUCCGUUUUGUCUCGUUCUAAUUUAAUACAGGUCUAAUUCAGUAUCAUAUUUAAGCCUCAUAAGAUCAUUCAGUGUAAUCACUUUUUGGUUAUUGCAAUAUGUUUAACUCAUACUUACAAUCUUGUUAUUUUUAUUACUUGAAUAAAUCUUGUGUCUGAUUAAA